GCGAGAGACAUCCACCACAGCAACAGGCUUCAGCGCACAGACUGUUCUCCACGGCUCAAUGAUUCGGAGCUAACCGUUGACCGCUUUUCUAUCGCUUUACCACCGAUGGUACAUUGUAAUAAAGCAGUAAGGUUAUCAUCUCGGUUAUUGUAGUUAAUUGCUAUUAGUUUGUCAGUUUUUCUCUAGCCCAGUCGCCUAUUUAUCUAACGAACCGUAGCAGAGCAGAGCAGAGCACCGGCAGGUGAAGAUGGCGAGGGGACCAUUGUUGGGGACUCUAUCCCCGGCGGCUGGCGGCCCUACACACCUUGUUUUGCUGCUGUUAUGUCCGCUAAUCUGCGGCCUCUCGGCGCGGGGACAGGAGCUGCCCACCAACGGGGUGAAUGGCUACAGCCUGCACCCACCGUAUUUUAACCUGGCAGAAGGGACCAAAGUGACGGCGACAGCGACCUGCGGAGAGGGGGACAACGGGCGGUCGAUACAUGACUUGUACUGCAAGCUGGUCGGAGGGCCGGUGUCAGGAGACCCGAGUCAAACCAUACAGGGCCAGUACUGUGAUACCUGCACCAUGGGGGACAGUGACAGAGCCCACCCCAUUACCAAUGCCAUCGACGGGACAGAGAGAUGGUGGCAGAGCCCUCCUCUCUCCCGCAGCACAGAGUUCAACGAGGUCAACGUUACCCUGGACCUGGGACAGCUCUUCCAUGUGGCCUAUGUCCUGAUCAAGUUUGCCAACUCUCCUCGACCAGACCUGUGGGUUCUAGAACGCUCCCUCGACUUCGGAGAGACCUACCAGCCGUGGCAGUUUUUCGCCUCUUCUAAGAGAGACUGCAUUGAGCGCUUCGGACAGCGAAGCAUCGAACGGAUCAACUCUGACAACGACGUCAUCUGUACCACUGAAUACUCCCGCAUCGUACCCCUGGAGAAUGGAGAGGUGGUGGUGUCUCUAGUGAACGGGCGUCCCGGGGCUAUGAACUUCUCCUACUCCCCAGUCCUGAGGGAUUUCACCAAGGCCACCAACAUCCGCCUCCGCUUCCUCAGAACCAACACCCUCCUGGGACACCUGAUGGGCAAGGCCCUCCGCGACCCCACCGUCACACGCAGGUAUUACUACAGUAUCAAGGACAUCAGUAUCGGGGGACGGUGUGUGUGUAACGGACACGCUGAGGCCUGCGACCCACACAACCCCAACGACCCCUACAAACUGCAGUGUGAUUGCCAACACAACACUUGUGGGAAGUCAUGUGACCAGUGUUGCCCCGGGUUCAACCAGCUACCAUGGAAACCAGCGACCAUUUCCAAGGCUAACGAGUGUGAACCAUGUAACUGUAACCGCCACUCGUUUGACUGUUACUACGACCCCGAGGUAGACCAGAGGAGAGCUAGCGUCAACAUCCAGGGACAGUACGUGGGGGGUGGAGUCUGCAUGGAGUGUCAGCAUCACACCGCUGGUGUCAACUGUGAGCGCUGUGUCCCCACCUACUACAGAUCACCUGACCAUCCCCUGGACUCCCCAUUGGCCUGCUCCCCCUGUGUGUGCCAGUCGGAGUUCACAGAUGGUACCUGUGAGGAUCUGACGGGUCGUUGCUACUGUAAGCCCAACUACACCGGAGAGAACUGUGACUCCUGUGCCGAGGGAUACAUUAACUUCCCACAAUGCUACUCCAUAGCAACCUACCUCAACAACAACAGCAGAGAAGCUAAACCUGCCGGAGAAAUCAUCAACUGUGAGUGCAGUGCUGCGGGUACGACGGGGAACUCCUGCCGUCCAGAUCCACGUAGGCGCACCUGUAUCUGCAAACCUGGCUUCACUGGGGACCGCUGUGACAGCUGUGCACCAGGGCACCACGGACUCAACUGCCAGGCCUGUCAUUGCUCAGGCCCGGGGUGCCAGGAUGGGAGGUGUGAUACACUGACUGGGCAGUGUCAGUGUCGCCAAGGCUUCCAGGGGUACUCAUGUGACCAGUGUACUCCAGGUUACUUUAGCUAUCCACUCUGCCAACUGUGUGGCUGUAGCAGUGUGGGUUCUCUCCCAGAGGGCUGUGAUGUGUCUGGACGGUGUGUGUGUCGUCCAGAGUUCCAGGGGCCGCGCUGUGAGCAGUGUAGAUCAGGCUUCCACUCCUACCCCAACUGCCAAGUGUGCACCUGUGAUCCUCGGACCUCCCUGGGCUCUAGCUGUAGUGUGUCAGGUCACUGCCACUGCAGACCCAACUACAGCGGCACCGCCUGUGACCAGUGUGCUCCCGGUUUCUAUGGCUUCCCCAGCUGCACACCUUGUCAGUGCUUGGCUGAGGGCUCCAGGGUCAGUAGCUGCGACCAGGUGAGUGGUCAGUGUACCUGUCUACCCAACGUCGUGGGACAGAGGUGUGACACCUGCAGCUCUGGAGCCUAUGGAUUCCCCCUCUGCCAAGCUGGUGCCUGCAACCCAGCCGGUUCUGUGCAGAACGAGGCCCUGCCAACCGCUGGCUCCUGUGAGUGUCUUCUCUAUGUGGAGGGCGUGGCCUGUGACAGGUGUAAACCUCUGUUCUGGAACCUGUCACCUGACACCGUCUACGGAUGCUCCAAAUGUGAAUGCAACGUUGAAGGAACAAUGGGUGGUGUGGCAGAGUGUGCUCAGAGUAACGGCCAGUGUCACUGUAAACCCAACGUGUGCAGUGGCACCUGCUCUGUGUGUAAAGAUGGAUUCUUCAACCUGCAGAGUGACAGCUUCUUCGGCUGUCAGGGUUGUGGGUGUGACAUCGGGGGAUCAGCAGGACAGUCCUGUGGGGAGAGAAAUGGAAGAUGUCGCUGCAGACCCAAUGUGGAGGGACCCAAGUGUAACAGGCCUCGCACGGACCACUACUUUCCAGACCUGCACCACCUGAAGUUUGAGAUAGAGGAGGGCACCAUGCUGGACGGGCGGCCGGUGCGUUUCGGGUAUAACCCCCUGGAGUUUGAAAGGUUCAGCUGGAGAGGGUACGCUCAGAUGUCCCCAAUACAGUCCAAGGUGGUGGUUCAAGUCUCGGUCAGCUCUCCGGACCUGUUUCAAAUAGUCUUGCACUAUGUGAAUCGCGGUGGCUUGGACAUGAUGGGCAGAGUGUCCAUCCUGGAAAGCGGCAAGAACUUCACGUGUGGCAACUGUAAGUGUGGGACUUGGUGGUAUCCUCGGUUACGUCCCAAAUGGCACCCUAUUCCCUAUUUAGUGCACUAUAAAGGGACUAAUAGUGGCAUGCGAAGGCGGGGUCUAGAACUGGCUGUGGCUGCACUUCCUGUCUCCUCUUCCCCCUCUUCUUUCGCCUCCCUCCUCUUCAUCCUCCUCCUCUUCCUCCUCUUCCUCUUCGUCCCUCAGAGCUCAGUCAAACUGUCGGUGCACGUGAGUGAGGCGGAUGUCUACCUCACGAGGUUCAUCCUCAGAUAUGUAAACUCUGGGGCUGCUGUCUCCAAUGGUAAAAUCACAGCCUAUCAGAACAACCGGAGAGGCUCAGAACAGUCCAAACAGAUUGUGUUUGCCCCCAGCUCAGAACCUACCUUCGUCAAUGUGCCCCAGAAUAACUUUGUAGAACCAUUCGUUCUUAACCCUGGCACCUGGACCGUGAUCAUCGAAGCCGAGGGCAUACUGCUGGACUACCUGGUGCUCCUGCCCAGUGCCUACUAUGAAGCUCCCAUCCUCCAGAUCAAAGUGACUGAGCCAUGCACCUACAGGCCUGCACCCGACACCAGCCACAACUGUUUGCUCUACAAUUAUCUGUCUCUGGAUGGGUUCCCCUCCAUCUCUGGUAACGAUGCCAGCUGCAGGUUCGACAACCACCUGCCCCGACCCUGCCACCAGGAGAGGAUAACCCCUCGCCACCCCGACAUGGCUAUCUGCAGCGGCAGCAAUCUGAAUGUCCAGAUGCGUAGUCGGGUGCCGCGUCCAGGGGACUAUGUUCUGGUGGUAGAAUACGCCAGUGAGGACGAAGCACCACAGACCAUCUCUGUGUCUGUCAACACACCUGGCGGAAGGACACACCAGCACCAUGUCACGCUGCUGCACUGCAAAUACAGUUUCCUGUGUCGGGUGGUAACCAUUGAUGAGAUGAAUCGCGUGGCUGUCUUCACCCUCUCUACUGAUGCUGAGGUCCAACUGAUCGCUGACAGAGCCAGCUUCUUCCUGCACAAAGUGUACCUGGUUCCCUGGGAGAAGUUCACCAUGGAAUACCUGGCGCCUAAGGUCCACUGUAUCUCACCUGACAGUUUGUCCUGUAUCGCGUCGAGGUUCCAGACCCCAUCUGAUUCGCUGGUGUUGAAGGAAAGUCAAGGGUCAUCGGUCCAGGAGCCUGUCCUGGCCUCCCCUGCUGAAGCGGCAGACGCCCCUCACUGGCCCAGCGGAGACCGUCCUCCCACCGCUGCGGAUAACCAAGUCCGCCUUGAUACCACCCAGAAUGCAGCAGUGUACUCUGCCCGUGUCCACACUCUGGGUCGCUACGUGUUCAUUCUUCACUACCACCAGCCCCUCCACCCCACCUACCCUGUCCAGGUCUUCAUCAACGGGGGACGCAUCUGGCAGGGCCAUGCCAACGCCUCCUUCUGUCCCCAUGGUUACGGUUGCCGUAGUGUUCUGAUCUCCGAGAACCAGAUCAUUCUGGACGUGACGGACAACGAGAUCUUCCUGACUGUCCAGGUCCCUGAUGGAAAAACCCUCUGGCUGGACUAUGUUCUGGUGGUCCCAGAGGGCAGCUACAGCUCCGGUUACCUGUCCGAAGAACCUCUGGACAAAUCAUAUGACUUCAUCAGCAACUGUGGACAGAACAGCUUCUACAUCGAUCCUGCCACAGCCUCUCCAUUCUGUCGUAGUUCAGCCAUCUCUCUCUCUGCGUUCUUCAACAACGGUGCCAUGCCCUGUGGGUGCCAUGAGGUGGGCGCGGACAGCGAUACCUGCCAACCCUUCGGAGGGCAGUGCCAGUGCAGACCUAACGUAAUCGGCAGAGACUGCUCCCAGUGUGCCACGGGCUACUGGGGAUUCCCCAACUGUAGACCGUGUCAGUGUGGUACACGGCUGUGUGAGCCGGUGACAGGAGACUGUGUCUGCCCUCCGAGGACCCUGCUCCCAGAGUGUGUCCAGUGUGAGCCCCAGGCGUUCGGCUGUCAUCCUCUGGUCGGCUGUGAGGUCUGCAACUGCUCCCGACCUGGAGUCACCGCCCUCGACGUCAGCUGUGACACCAACAGUGGACAGUGCAGGUGCAGGAACAACAUAAUUGGUCGUCAGUGUGAUCGCUGCACCCUUGGUUUCUAUGGUUACCCCGACUGUAGGCCAUGUGACUGCAACGACGCGGGGACAGAGGAGGACGUGUGUGACCCUUACACGGGACGAUGCCUCUGCAAGGAGAAUGUCCAGGGUGGUCGUUGUGACCAGUGCAGAGUGGGAACCUUCCACCUGGAUCCCGCCAACCCUAAAGGCUGCACUUCCUGUUUCUGUUUCGGAGCCACCGACCGCUGUCACAGCUCGGGGAAACGACGGACGGAGGUGAUGGACAUGAUGGGCUGGGUUCUGCUGGGAGCAGACAGACAGGAAGUCCCUGUGACGGUAUAUCCUGGUCAGGAUCUGGUAAAGGCUGACCUUAGUGACGUACCUGAUGUCUACCAAGACCUCCACUGGCACGCUCCUAGAACCUACCUGGGAGACAAGGUAUCAUUUUAUGGAGGCUAUCUGCGGUAUCGUCUGCACACUCAGACUAUGAGGGGAGAUGUUCUCUCUCUGCUCGCUGAAGCCUCUCGACCUGAUGUCAUUCUCAAGGGUAACCAGAUGACCCUGGUGUUCAUGGAGAGAGAAUACUCUUCACCUGAAGAACCACACCUGGGGAUAGUCCACAUGGUGGAGGGAAGUUUCCGCCACGCCCAGACGGGUAACGGCGUGUCUAGAGAGGAACUGAUGAUGGUUCUGGUGGGGUUAGAGUCUCUCCAGAUCAGAGCUCUCCACUCCCAGUCCGCCCACACUGUGUCGCUACGCGGGGCGGCGCUGGAGGGGGCACAGACCCUGCCCACCGGGCGACAUGCCAACAACGUAGAGAUCUGCCUCUGUCCUGCUAACUACCAGGGAGACUCCUGCCAGCAAUGUGCUCCAGGGUACUACAGAGACACUAAAGGUUUGUUCCUGGGGAAGUGUGUUCCCUGCAACUGUAAUGGCCACUCUGACCAAUGUCUGGACAGGUCUGGAGUCUGUGAGAACUGUCAACACAACAGGGCUGGAGACCACUGUGAGAAAUGUCAAGGGGGUUUCCAUGGUAACAACUCUCUAGAUGGACAAACCCUCUCCUGUGACACCUGCCCCUGUCCUCUGCAGGUGGCCUCUAACAAUUUUGCAGUGGGCUGUGUGGAGAAACUCAACAGGAUGCAGUGUCUGUGUUUGCCUGGCUACGCCGGGCCCCAGUGUCAAAGGUGUGCUCCCGGUUUCUACGGCAACCCCAUGGUUAUUGGCAGCACGUGCCAGCCCUGCCAUUGCCAUGACAACACAGACCCCAACAUGCUGUUCAGCGACUGUGACGGGCUGACGGGCGAGUGUCAUAGCUGCAUGCACAACACCGCCGGGACGCACUGCGAGAUCUGUGGCCCUGGUUUCUACGGUGACGCCAUCACUGCCAAGAACUGCACCAGAUGCAACUGCUCCCCCUGUGGCACAGCUUCAUGUGACCGUCACACAGGACAAUGUCAAUGUAAACAAGGUGUGACCGGACCCCACUGUGACCGCUGCCAGGACGGUGCGUUUGGCUACGAGUCGUGCUCCGGGUGUCGUCGUUGUGACUGUGACGCGGCGGCGGCCCGGGUCCAACCGUGUGACCCCAGGAACGGGUCGUGUGCCUGCCAGCCAGGGGUCAACGGGCCCAACUGUCGCCAGUGUGCUCCUGGGUACUGGGGCUACAGUCCUGAGGGAUGCAAGAAGUGUGAGUGUAAGCGCGGCCGCUGUGACCCUCGGACAGGGGAGUGUCGCUGUGGAGACGGCCUGACAGGCAAACAGUGUGACAGCUGUUCCCAUAGAUACAGUGUUCCUGUACAGCACGGACAUGACGUGACCUGUGAACCAUGUGACACCUGUGUUAUAGUCCUGUUGGAGGAUCUAGACAGUAUGAACGACAACUUUGACUCUGUGGCUCAUCAACUGACCAACCUGACCGUCUCCUCUAUCACCUGGGCUCAGCUACACAACCUCAACAGAUCUAUGGACGAUAUCGCUAAUGCCAUAGAGAACUACAACACUACCCUGGAUGAGAACAGUAACAGAGUGGACAUGUUGGAGGGAGAGUUCAUGAACAUCAAUUCAGACAUCAAUGACCUGGAGAAGAAGGUGGUGGCGACAGCAUACAAAGCAAGCACUCUGGAGGACAGCAGCGCUAACAUCCAUCAGAGAGCCCAGGACGUGCUCUCACACAUCAAGAACAUCAUGGGAGAGGUGGAAGACCUCAUGCUGCAGGCGAAGCGUACGGGUCUGAAUGAGACAGAAGUGGAGCAGGAGGAGGAAGGUCUCUCUGAGAAGAUACAGCAGGCGGAGGCCAUGCUGAGAGAGAUGAGAUUCAAGAGCUGUGUCGGCCAGAAGAAGAUAGCCGACAGAGAGCUGUCCGAGGCUGAGAAACUGCUGGAGAAGGUGAAAGACCAGCUGCUGAGUCGUGUGUUGGAGAACAAGAGCUUGGUGAAGGACAUCAGGGAGCGUCUUGGGAAGUUCCACGACCAACUGAUGGACCUGAGGGACGCUCUGAACCAGGCGGUUAACAACACCGCCCUCGCCUCCGAUACUAACGCUGUUAAUGAGAAGAGGCUGGGGGAGGGCCAGAAAAAAGUGGAUGAGCUGAAUGUGAAGAACAAGGAGGUGGAGGAUCUCCUGCAGAUGGCGGAAGAUGACGUGGCCACCGUCAACAACAUGCUGUCUAUGCUGCACGACUCCAAGGAGGACUAUGAGCGUCUGGCGGCCCAGCUGGACGGUGCCAGGAUGGCCUUGGCAGAGAAGGUGCAGAGGUUUUCCUCCGUCAGUAAGAUACCCCUGGUGGAGGAGGCAGAGAACCAUGCUGAGCUACUCAAUGAGCUGGCCAUGAACCUCUCCAGUGUGAUCUCCAACACCAACAAGGAUGGUUUCAUCCAGCGAGCGGUGAACGCGUCCCGCGCCUACACCAAUAUCAUCGACGGGGUCAGAGAUGCUGAGAUUGCUGCCGACAAGGCCAACAAGGCUGCUAUGGACACACUGGCGAGCGUACAGGAUCAGGAGGACCUGAGCCAGAUAGCGAACGGUCUGAGGAACCACAGUAUUGAACUGGUGAACCAGGCUGUCAAACGACAGGAAGAGCUCAGUAAUGGCCCAGACCCCCAGCUCCUGGAUGCUAAGACUCGUCUGGAUGAGGCCAGGGAUAAACAGGAGACUCUACUGAAGGACCUAGAGAUGGUGCAGAGUAGCCUCAACUUCAGCAGAGAGGAGACCGCUAAUGACAUUGAGGAGGCUAAAGCAGCAGCCGAGCAGGCCAACAGUACAGCAGCGAGUGUGGAGGACACCCUGGCCCCUAUCAAGGAGCAGCUGGACCAAUGGCAGCAGCAGUAUGGAGACGCCAACACCACCAACAGUGGCUUCAACAAGGCCUUCCUAGAGGCCAACAACUCUGUGGGUAUGUUGGGCGAGGCCAUCCCAAUACUGAUGAAGAAGCUGGACAAGCUGCAGAACCACUCAGCCCAGAUGCCCAACAUCUCAGAGAACAUCCUCAGGAUCAGACAGCUCAUCGCAGAGGCCCGCAAGGCCGCCAGCAAGGUGAGCGUACCUGUCAAGUUCAACGGGACAUCGGGUGUGCAGGUGCGUACCCCCAGUAACCUGGCAGACCUGGCAGCCUACACCUCCCUCAAGUUCUACAUCACCCUGCCCGAGGCCUCACGCGCCCGCAGACAGGACCAACCAGACAAACAGUUUGUCUUCUACCUCGGAAACAAGGACUCCAGUAAGGAGUUCCUGGGAAUGAUGCUGGAAGGGCAGAGACUGCACUGGCUCUUCAAUGUGGGUGGAGACACGGCUGAGGUGGAGAUGCAGGAGGACGUCCAAACAGAUGGCAAUUUCAACAACGUGGUCCUGGAAAGGAUCCUUCAGUAUGGUCAGAUGGCCAUGACUUCGGAGACCAGGGUGACCAAGGCUGUGGUGGAGGCAGGAGGGGACAGCGGACUGCUCAACCUCCAGACUGAAGACACUGUGUUCUACGUGGGAGGGUACCCUGACACAUUCACGCCCCCUCUCCAGCUCCAGCUGCCCAACUUCAAGGGCUGUAUUGAGCUGGAGACCCUGAAUGAGGAGGUGCUCAGUCUCUAUAACUUCGAGAACAUCUUCCAACUCAACACCACCGAGGAGAAACCAUGUGGAAGACCGAAGCCGGUGUUGACCCAGCAGUGGGUGAACGACGCGGCCUACUUUGACGGGACGGGUUACGCCGAGGUCACCUUCAAGGAGGACACAGGGAAGAUGCAACGCUUUGAACAGGAAGUUAAACUGAAGAGUCACAACGGCAUCCUUCUCAUGCUCCUCAGCCAGGAGAAGUUCCUGUGCUUGGCGGUGCGUCAGGGACGUCUCAGGGUCUUCUAUGACGUCACUGGUUCUCUACAGGAGCUGGAGCCUAAAGACCCGGACUCACCUUACCUCAAGAUCAGCGACGCUGACCCCAAAUCUUUGGAGAUCAUCCUCCUCUAUGAUACGACCACGCGUGUUGUGGUGAGGAACAACCGCCAAACCCUGUUUAACAACGUCUUCACCACGCCCCUGCCACGCUUCGACGCCAGCUACUACCUGGCCGGAGUCCCAGAGGAGAAGAUGCCUGAAAACCUGAAGGCCCUGUUCCCUCACCAGGGCUCUCUGAAGGGCUGUUUCAGGAACGUCAAGGCCAUGAACUCUCACAUCGACCUGAAAAGGAUGAGCAGCUCUGGGGUCAGCUACGGCUGUGCCAGCGACCUACUGGUGGCCCGUGAGGCCCACUUCUCAGGGCAGAGUUACCUGGACUUGUCUCCAGACAGCAUCCCUGGUCUCAGGAACAACUUCUACGCUGGGUUUGGCUUCCGCACAGACCAGAAGAACGGACUCAUGUUCUACCACCAGGCUCAGGACGGAGUGUGCCAGGUGUUCCUGGAUAUGGGUCAUGUGAUAGUGAGGGCAGGUAACAACGAGGUGAAGACUCAGAAGACCUACAACGAUGACAACGAUCAUUAUGUAGCUCUGUACAGCAACAACAACAGGUUGCGUCUGUAUGUGGAUGACGUCCUGGAGAAGAAUGGGGAUACGGGUCGCGGAGGGGGUCGCAGCCGGGCGGCACUGUCACCUGGAGGGGUCUACCUGGGAGGAACACCUGACAACAGCCUCGACAACCUCACCGGCUGUCUUAGCAACCUGUUCAUCAAGAGAGACAAGCCUUCUCAGAUGGUGGUGAAUCUGAUGAAUGCUAACGGGAACGUCAACGUCCCUCUAGACUGUCCUGCGGCCAAUAAACCUCAACAGAUCCUGGCCACACCCCCACGACAGAAGAACCUUAAGGGUAAACACAGGAAGCCUGCGGGUGGUGGUGGGUCAGGGGGGCGGAGCCGCAGUGCCAGGGAGUCCUGCAAGGGGGACAUAGCCAAUCAGGAGGUUGGAGCUCUGCACUUCAGUGGCUCCUCCCACAGCCACCAGCGCUACGACACGCUGCCAGAGGCCUUCAGCAGGACGCCUCACAUCUCAAUGGGUCUACGGGUGAACUCGUCAGACGGCCUGGUGUUCUAUGUGUCUGGAUCAGGUGAACAUAGCAGCUCUGUGAUGACCCUGUCUGUCUCUGACGGACACCUGCUGCUCCUCAUCGACGGUGGGAAGAGGAAGACUAGCAUCCGCUCCCGCAGGAAGUACAACCACGGACAGUGGCACACGGUGUUUGUGAAGAUGGAGGGAGAGAAGGCCAGUUUGAUUGUUGAUGGGAUCAAUGCCCAGUCGAAGAGGGUCUCGGGGGCGGAGAUGAACCCCCUCAGUUCCCCUCUCUACAUCGGAGGAGUUCCCAGCUCACUUCUCAUGGUGCCAGGUCCUGGAGGGUUUGUGGGUUGUGUGAGGGACCUGGAGCUGAAUGAGGAGAGCCCAGCCAGUCCCUCCACCAGCCUGGGGGUUGUACCCUGCUUCCAGACCAAUCUGCAGCCCGGGGCAUACUUCUCCUCCCAGGGAGGUCACAUCGCUAUAGAUGAGUCCCUGGUGUUAGGUCGGGAUCUAGAGGUACAGCUGGAGGUCCGGCCAGUGUCUGACUCUGGUCUCCUGCUGCAUGCUGGGUCUGGGCAACAGCUCAGUCUCUACCUCAACCAGGGAGAGGUGACAGUCACAGUGAACAGUGGUAACGGAGAAUUCUUCACCUCUUUCACACCAGAGGAAUCCCUGUGUGAUGGACGCUGGCACAGUAUCACAAUUGUGAAGAAGAGCAACGUGCUCCAUCUCCGUGUGGACGCAGCCAGUGAACACAGUGUGGGGCCCAAGCAGGGCCGAUCCUCAGGGGCCAAGGAGACUGUGUACCUGGGGGGAGCACCAGAUGGUGUUGAUGUGCCUGGCCUCCCCGCUGCUCUGCCCUCCUUCCAUGGUUGCGUACGGAGAGCGGUCCUGAACCAGCGACCAGCCAUGCUGUCUAAUCCCCUGUCAGUACACGGAGCUGUGGGCACACAGGGCUGUCCAGCCAUGUAGACCCCUUUUUAGCCUCGUUACACCCAGUUUAGCACUAUUGCAACCGGCUAACUCUGGGCCAAGCUCAGUACGACAACGUUACAGAACGUUUUGUUACAUUUCUGUCUGCAAAAUUUGUAUCUGCAACAUUUUCACCUCACUGAAUACACCCGUGGGCCAUGUUCAGUAAGGAAACGUUAUGGAACGUUGCAAAUAGAAAUGUCGUGAAUAGAGCUGAUGACGUGAUUCUGUAUUCUACGUCAGAGGCAUGUUUCUUCUAUGUCAUAUACACUAUAUGGCAAAAGUAUGUGGACACCCCUUCAAAUUAGUGGAUUCAGCUAUUUCAGCCACACCCGUUGCUGACAGGU